GAAGACUUUGUUCCAGAAAAUUUUUAAUAAAUGGAAAACAUAGUUUCCAUUUUUGCAAUUCUUGUAUGCAAUGGAGUUUAUUUCACUUCAAGCUCUCGUCCAGAUUCAAGUGUUAACCUCAAAACAUUAGUAAAUGAUUACGGUUACGCCUUCGAGGUUCAUCACGUGACAACUGAAGAUGGAUAUAUUUUGGAGUUGCACCGAAUUCCUGGAGUGAUCAAUAAAACAUCAAGCGAAAUAAAAAAGAGAAAAGUGGCUCUUUUAUUACAUGGCCUUUUGGGUUCUUCCUUUACUUGGAUUAUGAUAGGACCCAAACGAUCACUAGCUUUCAUUUUAGUUGAUAAAGGCUAUGAUGUGUGGUUGUUGAACAAUCGUGGAAAUACUUACAGUAGAAAACACGUAUCGAAGUUAGAAACAAGUUAUGGAUUUUGGGACUUUAGCUGGCACGAGAUGGGGAUUUACGGCUUGCCAGCCGCAAUCGAUUACGUUUUGAAUAAUACAAAUCAAAGUAGUCUUGAUUUGGGCUGCUUUUCCGAAGGAUGUACUCAGACUUGCGUUAUGGGAUCCCUCAGACCCGAAUAUAAUAAAAAAAUCAAAUUUGUACUGGCAUUAAGUCCAGCUGUUUUCACGACGAAUUUAAAAGGGUUUGCAACCCUUUUGACACCAAUGACUACAAAAAUGGUGAGUCUUUCCGAGAGAGUGGGAUAUUUUCAAGUUUUCCCAGCUUCAACUCUAUUUCGAAUUUUCUUAAGUUAUCUUUGCAAGGUGGAAAGCAUGUUUCAGCCUGCUUGCAUUGCCAUGAUAUCUUGGGUUGUCGGAGAUGGACAUGAACAAUUGGAUCGGGCAAUUAUAGAAUAUUUUCUAAGCUAUGAGCCUGCUGGUGGUUCAAUCAAACAACUUCUGCAUUUCCUACUUGGACAAUAUUAUCCUGGUACUUUUAGGCUUUUUGAUUAUGGGUCCGUAAAAAACUUACUAUUAUAUAAUUCAACGACGCCACCGGACUAUCCCCUUGAAAAUGUUAAUUUUCCAUUUGCCAUUUAUCACGGUCAAAAUGAUUUCUUAUCGAGCCCCAAGGAUAUCGAAUUACUUAAAGGAAGACUUCCGAAUAUUGUCGAUGCUUAUAUGAUUCCUGGACAAUGUAAUCAUUAUGGUUUAAUGAUAGGAAACAAAAGUGCGAAUAUUUGUUAUAAACGUGUCCUCGCAUUAAUGGAAAAAUAUGAUUAAGAAAAAUCUUAAGAAUUAUAGACGCUAUUCAUGGACUUACAAUUAUUGUUUAAGGAAUUUUCUACCUUGAUGUAGAGCUACGCAAAUUUCUUUCAAUUAGAUCGUUACAUAAAUAUAUAUCUACU